AUAAAUUUUUUAGACAUUUCGGUACUCGACUCAUCUUACCCUAGAGUCCAAGACUGAAGAACAAAAGCAGACAAGUAGAUUAGGGUUUCCAGCAUCAAGCAAUCUAAAAGAUGGACGGAGCUGAUAGAGCUGAGGUUGAUGGAAUCGUCGACUCAAAGGACUUACAGCAACAGAGCAAAGCAUUUGAUAAGCUCACUGACCGUGUCGAAGAUCGUCAGCUGAAUUCCACUCGUGUGCAAGAGGCUAUGGCCUCGAUUGCCGCUUCAAAAGAAGGAGAUUUGAAUGCCAUGAGACUGAGGGAGAAAGAACUAGCUGCUGUCAAGAUCAAUGCAGCCGAUGUCGACAUAAUUGUAAAUGAGCUAGAGUUGGACAAAAAGGUUGCUGAAAGAACCCUACGCGAGCACAAGGGUGAUGCUGUUGCUGCCAUUCGAUACUUGCUUCGUUAGAGAUCAAUAUGGAAUUUAAGGUGCUAUUUUUCCCUAACAGUUUUGAUUGCUCAAAUGUGAACCUGGAUAGAUAUAGCUAAGCCCUUUCUGUCUGUAUGAACAAUCUAGUAUUGAACAUCCCAGGUGAUUUGAUGAAUGCCAAUUGUUGGUGUGCUUUGAUGAUCA